AUGGAGACCGCAGGCAACAAGGAGAAUGUUGCGCCUGCGACAUCGAGCGAUCCACUGCAGCGAAAAGAUACAUCAUUGUCGCCUAAGAAAACUGCGCGGCGGGGGAGAAGCAAGAGCAUUGGUCCUGGAUCGCUGGAGGAGCCUGAGCAACCCAAGCAAAAGGCAAAAGACAGAAGAAAGUCAGCAUUUGUGCCCGCUACGAAAUCUAUCCUGGCCAAAAAUGAAGAGUCGGAAAGGACGGCACGUCGCAAGUCCAUGAUGAACCGAAGGGUGUCUUUUGCGCCGGAGGCUACAUUGCAUACAUGGGACAUUGUGGAAUACGACAAGAAUCACACGACUUCAACAGAUGACACAGAGAGCACCGGGCAUGCAUCGAGCUUUGGUCGUUUCUCAAGUUCGCCGAGGGCCCGCUUCGACGAGGAACAAGAGGCCGAGGAUGCGGAGUUGCUAUCUCCUCCAGCUUCGCAAUCAGACGGGAGGGCGAAGCUCAAGAAUCGCCGCAGCUCAGGGAUUCCUCCCAUGAACUUCAACAAUCCUGAAGAUGCGUACUCAAGUGGAAUGAGCGACGGCAGCGAAGGAUCGGAAAGCGAAGGAGAGGAGUCUGGCGAUGACACGGGAACAGCAAUGAGUCUGGACGCGGACGAUGCCACGAUGCAAUCAUCUGCCGAGAGCGACAACAGCACUGGCUCGAGCGCACGAUUGGAGGCUGCUUUGAAGCAAGCAGCGCAAAUGGCUGGCACUCGAGGAAUCGAGUAUGACGAAUAUGGAGAGACGUCCAUGGAAUUGGUGUCAGAAGAGGUUACGAAUGCCUUCAAGCCAUGGGCGCAGCGACAGCCAAGCGAUGCGCCAGGUUCUGCGUCUCUCGACCAGGAGAACGUGAACCCGUUCUCGCCAGCAUUCAAAGCGGAUGUUGAAAAUCGGCCAGAGACAAUUGACGAGGAAGAUGAAGAAGAUAUGAGUAUGGAUGUGACGAAGGCGGUAGGCGGUAUACUAAAGGCUCGACCUCCUCAACCAGCCAGCUCUCCCAUGAGUGAUGGGACAAUGGACCUGACGCAGGCUGUUGGAAAGAUUACGAGCCAGAAGAGACCACGAUCCACCACUGACUCGGGCUCGCCCGGUGGUGCUGGAUUGGCACUACAACCAAAACGGCGACGUUCGUCAGUGGCAAGGUCUUCUAUGGGUGACGACACGAUGGAUCUUACGAUGGCAGUCGGUGGCAUCCAGAAGACGGCUUCGCCAAACAAGAGUGGUCGACGAAGAAGCUUGAGAAAUCGAAGGUCUUCCGGUGCCAUCUCGGACCAAGAAGAGGCCACUAUGGACUUGACUCGAGCAGUGGGAGGCAUCAGGACUUCCAAGAGCGAUGUGGAUAACAGUCUUGACGGCAAUGAGGAGCUCUCGAUGGAACUCACAACUGUGUUGGGCGGAAUCAAAUCAGCAGAGCAACCAGCGUCAGUGAACGAGGACCGACCAGCAACUCCUCAGGACGCUCCAUCUCCAGCUCCAUCGGCAGUCAACACCACCCCCAAGGGUCAAGAGCGAUUUAAAGACACGCCGGACUUGGGUGCUAAGAAGCUGCUUACGCCGAUUCUGCAACGAUCGAGUGAGAAGCAGACAGCUUCUGGAAAGUCAAGGGCGUCGCUGUCUCCCAGACGUCAAGCCACUCCCCAGGAGCCUUCACCACGAGCAUCGUCCGUUAAGAGCGAGCCGAAGACAUCGCCCCUCAAGGACGAUGUGUCGUACCCUCAGUUGCCACCAACCGAUCCACAGUCGUCACCCAUAAGGACUCCCAUGUCUAGUCUCAAGCGUCGCGAGCACCAGCGCCAGUUGGACUUUCAAUUACAAGCGCCUGACCAGUCACCGACUGCUGCCAAGCAGCAGCGUAGCUCUCCGGUGAAAGCGCAAGCAGCCACUCCCGAGAGACUGAAUGUUGCAGAAGACACCAGAGAUUUGACCAACUCAAUGAAGCUGUUGACGACGCCCAGGAAGGAGCCGCUGAAAACCGCCACUCCCAGAAAGCAAGCAACCGUGAAGCAACUCUCCCCAAUCACAGCAAGCACGCCUAGAAGUCGGCCCACUCCCAAGGCCAAAGAUUCAACGGCAGUACUGCCGUCCCCAGUCAGGCGCCUUAACGAAGACCUAGAUAGAAUCAAGGCAAACGGUCAGGAGACUGAGAAAGUUGGUCUCCAGGAGUUUCUUGACAAAUCUGGCAUUCGCUUCAUGGAUCUUACCACCACGAAGCGAAGACUAACGGUUAUGCCCACACCCUCUAAAGCCAAAGCUGGCCUUGAUGACGACGAAGAUAUCACUCUCGAGAGCGGUGUUGUUGCCGCCGCUUGCACAGUGCCCGAGCUUGAGCUGUAUCAACAUGCUUGUCACGAGCUGAAGAGAUACACCAAAGAGGGGAAGCAGAUGAUCUCGAAACUGGAGAAUAGAGUGUUGAAGCAACAACCACCGCUAAUACAGGCAUACAUGUCUGCCGCUCCAGACAGAAAGGCCGCGCUCGACACGCAAAUGAGGGACUUGAAGACUGAUGCUAGGUUGGGAAGUAAAGGCAUGUGGUACGGAUGGCGUAGCCAGUUACUGGACGAACUUAUGACUGGUCUUCAAUCCAUUGCCGAAGGACUCAUCCAGGACGAUGAUACUCUGGGGCGGUCAGAGGAGAUACUCGAUCAGGUUCUUCCGGGUCUCAUCGAACAGCGGAACAAACUGCAGCAAGAAGCUGAUCGUUUGGAGGAGAGUGUAUCUUCCGUCUCUGAAGAAGAAAAGGGGGAAUUGAAAGCCACCAGAGAGACUCUGACUGGCGUCAAUUCUGAGCUUAUCGAGAGGCAGCGUGUCCUGGACAGAUUACGGAAAGAAGUCGAGGAACAAGACUCAGCCGCAGAACAUUUACAGGAGAGCAAGGAGGAGUUCACUGCGGCUAUCCAGGAGGCGAACCGCGUGCGAGAAGCUUGUCGUGGCGUGUCGUUGAAUGAAGUGACGGCGCUGAGAGACUCUGUCAAACAUCUCCAGGAUGAAUUCGGCUGGAUCAUCACCUCAGCCUCAUCCUACCCGUCGACCGUGACAAUGAGCUACAAGUCCGAGCUGCAGCUGUUCUUCCAUCCACAGUCCUUUAAGCGAUCUGAUGACGAUGGAGAAGAGGCGCCCAACGGCCCCAUACGUCUCACAUACAUCGCGGAUACGAAUAAGAAGCCCCUGACGACCACCCUACGCUUCUUCCUGCAGCUUCUCCGAGCCUCCCUGCACGGUAUUCCGCAGUACUCGACCAAAAUCUCCGAUCUGCUCGCAUUCGUGAGCAACGGCUGGGCCACCGCCGCGCAAGCCGCGGAAUGCGAGCGUAGACUCAACCUAGAGGCACUGACCGAGUCGAGAAUUGUCUCAGACGAGCAGCUCGCGAUCACGUCCAGCGUCCUGCUGACCAAAGUGCGAAGCAAAGUGCGAGCGACGUUUGAGCUGGACGUCCACGUCGAUGAGGACCUGAAAGUCCAGUGUGCGGUGAAGCCGAGUGUGGAGGUCGUGUAUGGGGAGCAGUACAACGAGAAGAAUAUGACGGAGUUCUUGAGGACGUUGGUGGGAGAUGGUGUUGAGGGUUGGGAUCUGGCGUUGCGGCAGAUGAGGCAGAAGUUGAUUGCGAGGGGCGCCAAGGGUGCGAGGAAGUAG